AUGGCACACACCGACCUUCGUCGUGCGCCCUCGGUCGACCUCAUCUCUCUGGCAACACCCAUAGAAGAAUACAACGAGAAGGUCCAAUCUUUCCACCACCAAAACCUGCCUCUUCCUUCUUCUAGACCAGGUUUCUUAAAUUCUUCUUCAAGACAACAGCGGACACCCUCUUCGUCAUACAUUUCUUCUCAACUUCCACCAAAAUCUCAGUUCACCAACCCAUCACGGCCGUCGCACAACCCCGCUCGCCCAUCUCAUGAUGCUCCGCCUUUGAUUGGGCAGCCACAGCUUCAACCCUCCUCACGAUCGUUCCAGAAUCCUACGACUCGUCCUCCCAAGGGCCCACGGAUAGUCAUGAAGUUGAAGCCAUGGAUACCUAUGAUCCUGUACGCCCUUACUAGCUUCGCUUUUGUCGUUGCGAUCGCCCUCUACAGAACCGAGCUCUUCACACUCCUCGACGAAUUAUCGCUCUGGCUGCGAUCUGACGAAGAAUACGGCCAUGCUAUCCUUUUCUUCUUGAUAUUCUUGACUACCAUCCCGCCCAUUCCCCUCUAUUCCACCCUCAUCGUACUAUCGGGCUAUACCUUCGGCACCUGGAUGGGGGCCAUUAUCUCCUACUUUUCUGCGCUCUUCGGAGCUCUCGUCGUCUUCAUCGUGUCCCGUGCCCUCUUCCGGGAAUCCAUCGGUAAAUGGCUCAACUCAUACACCAGCAUCAAACGGGUCGUCCGGGCCAUCGAAAAGAGACCGAAGCUUCUCUUCCUCAUCCGGUUCGCCCCCUAUCCCUACAAUGUUCUCAACUGCCUCUUGGCCGCAUCCCCCACCCUCACCCUACACACAUACACUGUGUGCACCGCCCUAUCACUGUUUAAGGUGGUGAUUCACACCAGCAUCGGUGCUUCCAUCCAUUCCUUUAAGGAUUUCCAUGUCGCUGAUCCCGACUCCACUGACGAUGAAGGAAGUGCCGAUUGGCUUGCUCAGAUGUGGACCCUCGUUGGCAUCGCUCUUUGCGCUGCCAUCUUGGUCUACCUCUAUAUCGUAGCUCGUCGCGCUGUUGACGAAGAACUUGACGACGAGCCUCCCGAAGCCCAAGACGCAGAAGAAACUCGAUCGUUCCUUUCGUCAGAGGACCGCGAUCUCGAGUCAGGAUAUCCCGCCUCCUCACAGCCAAUGACCGAGGUCCCUUUCAGUCCUAACCGACUAAUGACACCUACCACGCCCUACCGGUCAUCCUUCGACCUCACAUCGGAUAGCUUGUCUGGCGCAAGUCACCGCCAAUGGCCAUAGUGCACACUUGGCCUUUCCCCUCUGGCCUUGAUUUAUUUUUCCGUCUCAGCAUAUCCAAAUCAUUGCUCUAGUCUUUCCGGUUCCCGACCACAGCACACCACG